UGUUCUAUAAAAAUGUAGCUGGACAUGCCAGUGCUUCUUGUCAACCUAGAAAGCUCAUCACUGUUGGUCGGCUUGACCUCUGUUUCUCCGCGUGAGGGCUCUGUUUGUCUGGGCAACAGAACAUGAGCUUCGGAGGCUCAAACGGGAAGAACCCAAAUCCUUCCAGUGCCCCGUCGGCGCUCCGAAGCAUAACGAGAUCCGUCGACAGGAACGGCCAUCGGUACGCUGACGGCAAUGCCGGGUAUGACAUGGUUCUCGCGAAGGAACAGAAUCGAAACCCAUCACAGAUCUCAACUCUCUCCAACAAGAUGGUCUCAUUUCCUAGCUUUAUCUCGGACAACGGAACCAUGACCAUAAGCACGCCGGAGAGGUUCGGUCCGUGGGGUGGCACCGGCGGCACCAUAUUCGACGACGGCAUAUACACCGGCGUCAGGCAGAUCACCAUAACGCGAGGGCUGGGGAUAUCCUCCAUGAAGGUCCUCUACGACCGGAACGGGCAGGCGAUAUGGGGCGACAAGCGCGGCACCAGCGGGGCGGCGAGACCUGAAAAGAUCGUAUUCGAUUUUCCAACGGAGAUCCUGACGCACGUCACCGGGUACUUCGGCCCGACGAUGAUCAUGGGCCCGACGGUGAUCAAGUCUAUCACCUUCCACACGACGAAGAAGAGCCAUGGACCGUUUGGGGACGAGCAUGGCACAUUCUUCUCCAGCUGCCUGACCGACGGAAGGAUCGUGGGGUUUCAUGGCAGGGGUGGAUGGUACAUUGACAGCAUCGGGGUUCAUGUUCUGGAAGGGAAGGUGCUGCCGCAGAAAGCCGCUGACGACACGAGCCCGUCGCGGCAAACCGCGCUCGCAUUGCCGACGAGGGAUAUCGGAGACGAGGUUACAUAUGGCGUGGUGAAAGAACCGAUACCGAUAGGGCCGGGGCCAUGGGGAGGGGAGGGAGGGAAGCCAUGGGACGAUGGCGUCUACACUGGGGUGAAGCAAAUCUACAUCACGAGGAACGAGUUCAUCGGGUCCAUACAGAUCGAGUACGACAGGAGCGGGCAGUCCAUCUGGUCUACCAGGCACGGCGACGGUGGUCAGAUCACACACAGGAUUAAGCUGGACUACCCACACGAGGUGCUGACCUGCAUCUACGGCUACUACAACGCCUGCGCCGGGGAAGGGCCAAGGGUGCUGAGAUCGAUCACCGUCGUCAGCAGCCGGGGCAAGUACGGGCCGUUCGGUGACGAGGUCGGGACGUACUUCACCUCCGCUACGACGAAGGGGAAGGUGGUAGGCUUCCACGGCCGGAGCGCCCUGUACCUCGACGCCAUCGGGGUGCACAUGCAGCACUGGCUGGGAGACAGGAACACCGCUGUCUCCAAUCCCAAGACCAGCUCCAACUCAAAGGCUAUUGUUUCCAGCAACAAGGCUGCUGCUGCUACUACUACAACCUCCUCCAAGUACUACAUCUCCAAGUAUCUGUUUUGAUUUGGCUUCACCUACCGGCUGUACCGAGACUGAGUUUGCAGGAGAAUGCUUUUGCGUUUUUGUACCGA